AUGGCAAAGGUAAGUAACCCUAACUCCCCAGUGAAAUUUGGCAGAGCUCAGCUCCCAGAAGCUGUCUUUACUGGAGUUUCAGAAGAUCCACAACUGCGACUGGUAUCUGGAGGGAACCGAUGCUCUGGGAGGGUUGAAGUUUUCCAUGACGGCAAAUGGGGGACAGUCUGUGAUGAUCAGUUCAAUCUGAACAGUGGCAGCGUUGUAUGCAGACAACUUGAUUGUGGUCAAGUUGUUUCUGUCUUGGGAUGGUCUUACUUUGGCCCUGGCAGAGGAGACAUCCAGCUGGAUGAUGUGCGGUGUAGAGGAACUGAAUCUUACCUUUGGGACUGUCAGCACACCGGCUGGGGCAGACAUAACUGUGGACACAAUGAGGAUGUCAGCGUCAUCUGUUCAGAUACCUCCGCCCUGUCCCUACGACUGGCAGACGGUGACAGCGGGUGCUCGGGCCGCGUUGAACUCUACCACAACGGCAGCUGGGGAACGGUCUGCGACGACGCCUGGGAGCUGGCGGACGCCGAGGUGGUCUGCAGGAGGCUGGGGUGCGGAGAAGCUCUGCUAGCUGUGUCUGAAGCCCAGUUUGGUCCAGGCUCUGGGAACAUCCUCCUCGACGAAGUGCAGUGCAGAGGGGAUGAAGACAGCCUGUGGCAGUGCUCCCACAGAGGGAUCGCUGUCCAUAACUGCCAACAUAAAGAGGACGCCGGCGUCAUCUGCGCAGGUACGCUAGCACCUCUCUCACUGGUGAACGGAGGGGACAUGUGCUCGGGACGCCUCGAAGUCUUUCACAACGGGAGCUGGGGAACCGUCUGCGAUGAUGGCUGGAACAUGAAGGACGCCACGGUUGUGUGCAGGCAGCUGGGCUGCGGAGAUGCUGUCUCAGCCAAAACAGAUGCCUUUUUUGGGGAAGGCACAGGAGAUAUUCUCCUCGACGACGUCGACUGCAGAGGGGACGAGUCCUCCCUGGAGCAGUGCUCUCACAGGGGGCUGGGCACGCACGACUGCUACCACAAGGAAGACGCUGGUGUUAUCUGUGAAGAUCUGCAUCAUCUUUAUGUGAAGUUUAUUGAGGAAAAUGAAGAGAAUUCCUGCCAGCUGAGGAUGCAGAAAGAAAUUGUUUUGAUGGUUCUGGCAUUAGAUGAAUGUGGUGUGUCUGAUCCUAGACAUCAGCUCCCUCUGGAGCUUAACACACCUGAAACAACAGUCCCGACCGAGCCCACGACGGUUGAAACACCAGGUGCACCUCGCUGUGGUGCUUCACUUCAUGACCUCAACAAACCAUUAAGGAUUGAACUAAAUGCAAAUGCAAACUGCGUCUGGCAAAUUCAGAGGAAUGCAAAUCAAACAAUUAGGCUCAUUUUCUCCUAUUUUAAAUUUGCUCCUUCUUCAAGCUGUGAAACAGAAAGUAUUAAAAUAUAUGAUGGUCCCUCAACUAAUUCGCCUCUUCUUGGACAAGUAUGUAGUGACACUGAUGCAGUCCCAGUACUUCAAUCAUCUUCAGACAGUUUAACUUUUCUCAUAACAACAAACUCCGUGGCUUUCACACGAAACUUCUUUGUCUUCUACUACUUCUUUUCACCAGAAACAAAAACUGAAAACUGUGGGGGACAAUUAACUGGUCCCAAUGGGACAUUUACCAGCCCCAAUUACCCAGUACCUUACCCUGAAUUUACAUACUGCGUCUGGCACAUACAAACAGCAAAAAACUCGAAGAUAAACUUACAGUUCCAGGAUUUUUUCCUAGAACUAGACCAAAACUGCCAAUUUGACUUCACAGCAGUCUAUGAUGGCCCCACCACUAACACUGGCUUAAUAGGAAAAGUAUGUGGUCGUGCUCAGCCCACAUUUGAAUCUUCUUCAAAUGUUAUGACGGUUGUGUUGUCUACGGACUAUGCCAACUCCUACAGAGGAUUUUCUGCUCAGUAUACCAGUGUUCCACUGCCAGGUCCCGUGGAGCCCAACACAUUCCUUACAUGCUCUUCAGAUAGCAUGAAAAUUGUUCUGAGCAAAUCUUAUCUGGCCUCCCUUGGUUAUAAUGAAACUCACCUACAGCUGAAUGAUCCAUCUUGCAGUCCAGUUUUAACAGAUCCAGUGACCUUUUUCUUCCCAUUGGCCAGCUGUGGAACAACUAAAAAGGAUGAAGGUCAGACCAUCACUUACACCAACAUCGUAUCUCUCUCUAAAACUAGCAGCAUCAUCACCCGUCAAAAGAGCAUAGAGAUCAUUGCAAAAUGCAAAAUGGAAAACAAUUCAACCUUAGAAGUCAUUUACAUAACGCAAAAUAAUAUAAUCCAAAACACAACUGCUGUGGGAAGAUACAAUGUUAGCAUGUCAUUCUAUGACUCAGAUUCAUUCUCCAAGCCUGUACUUCAGUCCCCAUAUUACGUAGACUUGAACCAAACUCUUUUUGCUCAAGUCAGUCUUCAUUCCACCGACCCAAAUCUUCUGGUGUUUGUCGAUACCUGUAUAGCAUCUCCACAACCUGAUUUUGGAUCGCUAGCAUAUGACUUAAUCAGAAGCGGCUGCAAUAAAGAUGACACUGUGGUAACGUACCCACCACUUGAACACUAUGGAAGAUUCAAAUUUAAUGCCUUCAGGUUCCUGCGGAGCUUUCCAUCAGUUUAUCUCCAGUGUGAUAUUUUAAUUUGUGACAGCAACAACGCAAACUCUCGCUGUACCGAAGGCUGUAUCUCCAGGCACAAAAGAGCUAUUUCUCCAUACACGUGGAAAACUAAUACUGUAGUAGGUCCCAUCCGCUUGAAAAGAGAUCUCAGGUCUGCUGAUCACUCAGAAUCCCUCACUAAAGCAGAUGCUGAAGAAACCCCGAACCUGCAACAAUACAGCCUCUACACUCUCUCAUUUGUGGUUUUGAUUUCAAAUGUUAUCAUUGUGGUAGCUGUGAUAUUAAAAUAUCAUAUCAAACGCCAAGCAGGAUACGGCUACCAAAAAAUCCAAAGCUCAUAA